AUGAUCAGUGGAAAGGCCAUUACUACAGAAUAUGCCGUAAAUAGCGGCUUAAACAAGGGUAUCGAAUUUAAAGAAAAAGAUGAAGUAAAAUUUGACAACAUCGCAUUUGAUAAUCUUGCGUUCAAAGUGAAUAAUUCAAUAUCAGAUGCUUUACACUUCAACCCUCUUAUAAACAUUUGUAUGGGUUUGAUUCUGUCUACUACCAGUCAACAACACACCGGGAUAUGA